AUGGCGCCUCCAAUUCUUCCUUUCAGAGAUGUCAAUCUCCAUGCAUCUCCUUCCCAUUAUGCUUUUACAUCACCCUCAUCGCCCCAAGCACCAACUCUCGUGGUGGACCGGCCAACUGGAGAUCUCCGCCUCAACGAUGGGCCUCUCGCCGGUGCAAAGCGGAUCUCUAGCAUUGCUGGAAUCUUGGGAAUUCUUAAAUUGAAGCUGGACAAAUACCUCAUUGUCAUCACCAAAGCGCAACCCAUGGGACGACUCCGUGGUCAUAUGGUGUACAAGGUCGCUUCAACCGAAUUCCUGCCAAUGCGUGAACGCCCACUCCACGAUACAGACGAAGAUACCUACCUUGCGCUCGUCAAGAACCUGCUUCGCACCGGUCCCAUGUACUUCUCUUACUCUUUGGACCUCACCAACAGUUUCCAGCGCCAAUCCCAGAGCCCUACGGAUCUUCCUAUGUGGAAGUCCGCCGAUGAUCGUUUCUUCUGGAACCGCUUCAUCCAGUCCGACCUGAUCGACUUCAGCUUGGGCGAGAAUGACACAAGCGGUAUUCGGUAUGGCCCACAACCUGGUGUCGACCCCUACAUCCUUCCUGUCAUGUUUGGCAUGCUCCGCAUCACACCCGCUCGAGUCAAGUCUACCUCCUUUACAUUCGCUCUCAUUACCCGCCGGUCUAGACAUCGGGCAGGCACAAGAUACUUCUCUCGCGGAAUCGACGAGGAAGGCCACGUCGCAAACUACAAUGAAACGGAACAAAUCGCAAUUCUGAACGAUGCAACUGGUGGAAUGUCAGGAUUCGCCGGAGGGCAAUCCAUGUCAAAUGGUAAGAAUAGCCAGGAUCUCCAGGUGUACUCGUUUGUGCAGACUCGGGGCAGCGUGCCUGUGUUCUGGGCAGAGGUCAAUAACCUUAAAUACACACCCAAAUUGCAAGUCCGAGGUGUCGAUACCGCCGUUGAAGCAGCACGGAAGCACUUCUCUGAGCAGAUUCGCUUGUACGGAGAGAAUUAUCUUGUCAACCUUGUCAAUCAAAAAGGCCGGGAAGAACGCGUGAAGAGUGCAUAUGAGCAGAUGGUCCGCACUCUUAUCACAUCUGCCCAUGAAACAACCGAAGCUGGUGAGCAGACAUCCGAAAAGAUACACGCUCUAGAACCCACCUCGAAACGCAAAGAUAUGGAUCGUCUACACUACGUGUACUUUGAUUUCCACAACGAGACAAAGGGUCUCAAGUGGCACCGUGCUGAACUUCUGCUGGGCCGCUUGUCUGAAGGCUUGGCCCAGGGUGGUUACUUCCGCGGUGUGGAAGCCCCUGGUGCUCCAGGCGGGCAGCUAGACAUUCGAUCAACACAAGGAAGCGUUGUGCGCACUAACUGCAUGGAUUGUCUUGACCGAACCAAUGUUGUCCAGAGCAUGCUUGGUCGCUGGGCUCUCACCCGGCAGUUGACGGAUGCUGGCGUCCUUCACACCGGGGAGACUGCUAAUGAUGAUCGAGAAUUCGAGGACUUGUUCCGUAAUAUCUGGGCUGAUAAUGCGGAUGUUGUCUCCAAGUCAUACUCAGGUACCGGUGCCCUGAAGACCGACUUUACUCGGACAGGCAAGCGUACUCGGGCUGGUGCACUUCAAGAUCUUAACAACUCAAUUACCCGGUAUGUGCGCAACAAUUUCAUGGAUGGUCCUCGUCAGGAUGGAUUCGAUGUUUUCUUGGGAACCUAUCUCCCAUCAGACUCAAUGGCAGUGAACAUCCAGCUAUUCUUUGACCGACGGCCUCUUGUGAUUCAAGCCAUACCUUAUGUGUUUGCGGCAAGUCUGUUCAUGGUUUUGGUCGCGCUCUUCACUCGCCGGUUGCCAGAUGCUGCGGUCUGGCCGCUCCGCCUUUUUAUGAUCUUCUGGUUGAUUAUCGGCGCCUACUCUUUACGCUUCAUGCAUGGACAUGGGAUGCUUUAUGUCAACUGGCCGAAGCUCAAUACCCCCAUUGCCGGUGCUGAAGGAUACCAAGAUGCAAUGAUUAAAGCCCGAUCCGAUCCGAUAAUUGGCCAAUGGCUUCCUUCAAGACGUCACCAACGUGGUGUCAGCAAUGCUCGUCUUGUCUUCCUCGAGGAAGGAAAGACACGUAUUGAAUAA